AUGGCCGAAGUCCGAAUGGGCACGGCUGGACACGCGUCCGUCAUUGGAAAGACUAAGCCAGCUCUCAUCAAUUAUGUCGCAGCUAUCUUCGCCGCCAUUGGUUCUUUCCUUUUUGGUUACGAUUCUGGAAUCAUCUCGUCCGUCAUCUCACCCUCGUAUGGUCAGUUCCAGAAGUACUUCCACAACCCUCAAAGCAAUGUGACCGGAGCCAUUGUCUCUACCUUCGCGGGAGGCGCAUUCUUCGGCGCACUCUUGGCUGGUAGAACAGCCGACUGGAUUGGCCGUAAGCGGACUAUUCAGCUGGGAUCGAUCAUUGCAAUUAUCGGCUGCACUCUUCAAACCGCGGCUGUGAACAUUGCCAUGCUGAUUGUUGGUCGAUGCAUCUGUGGAGCGGCUAUCGGUGUGUUGAGCAUGAUUGUGCCUAUGUACCAGGCCGAGAUCUCGCCACCCCAUGCGCGAGGUCUUCUCUCUGGCAUGACACAAUGGAUGAUUUCAUGGGGAUUUUUCAUUGCGAACUGGGUUGGAUAUGGAUGUGGUUACAUCAACAACACGGGACAAUUCCGAGUCCCCUUGGCCAUUCAAAUCAUCCCAGCACUGUUGCUCUUGAUAGGAAUGUUUAUCCUGCCGUACUCCCCUCGAUGGCUCGUAAUGCAGGGCCGUGUGGACGAGGCCCGAGACACUUUGUAUCGAUUGCACGGUGGACGAAAGAAUGCCCACCCCGAGGCCAUCGAAGCGGAGUUUCAAGAAAUCUCGCAACAGGUUGAGUGGGAUCGGGAAAAUCUUACAACUCGAUACAUUGAUCUGGUGAAUACGAAGCCCAAUUUCCACCGAACGUUCUGCGGUUGUGCCGUCCAAGCCAUGUGUCAAUGGACCGGUGUCAAUGUAAACAAUUACUUUGGACCAACCAUCUACACCGAUUUGGGAUACACAGGACAUACAACCCUCAUCAUUAACGCCAUUUCUGGAACGUGGGGUCUCAUCGUGACCUUUAUCUUCAUCACCUGCAUUGUGGAUCGGAUCGGUCGCCGAUGGCCGCUCAUCAUUGGAGCCCUCUUCUGCGCCGCUUUUAUGGGGAUGGAGGCCGGAACGAACAAGCCAUUCAGCGUCAUCAAAGACUAUCACGAUAAGUCGACCGGUAUUGCAGGAGUAGCCGCCGUGUUCCUGUUCUCCUGGGCAUUCUCGUUCUCCUUCGGUCCUGUUUCAUGGAUCUACCAAUCCGAGAUCUUCCCCAUGAACAUCCGUGCUCUCGGGACGUCCGUCUCGACUGCCACAAACUGGGCGAACAAUGUGGUCAUUGGUCAGAUUACUCCUAUCGGAUUUAAACAUCUCAAAUAUAAAUACUUCUUCGUGUUUGUGGCCACGAACUUCCUGAACAUCGUCAUCGCUUACAUGUACUUCCCCGAGACCAAGAACCGUUCCCUAGAGGAAAUUGGAUUGCUCUUUGGAGAUGAGAACGUUCGUUACCUGAUGGAGCAGCCCUCGGAGAAGCCUGCCAACACCGAGAAACUGGUGGAGAACCGCCAAGGCAAGGGGGAUAUGCUGGCGUAG